UUGCGAAAAUAUAUUUAAGUUUAUCAAUCUUUCAUCGGAACGCUUUGUUUUACACGUAAAGUUUAUUUGGAAAGGUUUUUAAUCUAUAAAAAUGGUGUCCUACUUUACUAUUGAUUCUAUUAGCGAAGUAACAAAUUUUCAAAAGGAAAUAUCAAACAUGAUGCACGGUUUAGGCGACAAUCCUAAUCCAAACGCUGCCACCGUAGUAUUAGUAGAGAGCAUAGUUUUAAACCAGCUUCGUUCUAUGCUUCAAGAGGCUUUUAAUCUUUCAAUGAACCGUGGAGCAAAAGCAAUAACCAACUACGAUAUAAUAUAUUUGAUGCGUAAAAAUAAAUUAAAAAUGAAACGUUUGUAUGACUACCAGAAAAAAUUAGAUCAUAUAGAUAAAACCCGUCAGGGUGCAUCAGAUACAAUACUUUCUGGGAUUAUUCUUGAUGAUGAAAAAGACCCAGUGUUGAAAACAAAGAGAACACAUAUAGACUGUAUAAAAGAGUUUGAUGAAGCAGACGAAGUGAGUCAGAUUAAAUUUGAUGCUGUUGACUAUCUGAGAAAAGUAAGAGCUGCUAAAAUAACUGAGUCAAUGUCUUUUGAAAAAUAUGAAGCAUAUCAUAAGGCAAGGUGCUGUUCAUUUAGAUCGGGUUAUGCAAUAGGUAAAGGUUUUGCUAAGUUAGAAAAAUGGCUAAACCCUAAUAAGGAACUGAAGAUUACGAUGUCUGCUUUGGAAGUGUUAUGCUUCUUAGCUUAUGAAACCGUUGCAGAGAUUGUGGAUGCUGUAUUUUUAAUCAGACAAGAUGCUAAAAAGAAGAUUGGAGACCCAUUUAGUAAAUUUGAAGGAGGCCAUUUCUGUAAUCCUGUUAGUUUAAAUAACGCUGUGUAUAUAAAAUCAGGGUAUGAAGGUGUCCCUGCUAUAACUGUACCGGAAGUAAGAGAGGUGUUGAGAAGAUAUUUUAAUCCAAUAACUGGUAUGAAUGGAUUAUUCUAUAGGAAUAUGAGUUUAGAUUUACCUAUCAGAUAUCUAGCAAUCUAAAAUCUUAGUUAUUUAUGUUAAAUAAAAAUUGUACUUACUACAGA